AUGGGCGCAUUUCAAGACAUGCAGAAUUCUUCUAGUGGAUUUGCAUUUAAUCGAGUGACAAGGAUGAUGGAUGCGGAGCCAAAAGUUUGGGAAGAUUACAUAAAGGCACAUCCUGGAGCAAAACAAUUUCGUUACAAACCUGUACCGUGUUUUGAAAACUUGCAAAUCAUUUAUGGGAAAGACAGGGCUGGUGGUUUAUCUUCUGAAACUAUCAAAGAAAGACGUGCUCGCAUAGAAAAUGAAAGAGAUGAAUCAAGUUUACCAAUAUGCCCCACAGUCUCACUGCUCAUUUAUGCCGUUCAUAUGGAUUCACAGCUUGGAAAUCAAUCAAAUUCAAAGAAAAAUAUUGUAUGGACAGAGAAGAUGGAUAUUUGCUUAACUGAAACAUUGAGAGAACAAGUGCACAAAGGGCAAAAGCCCGAUAGAAGUUUCUCAUAUCAUGCUUAUCAAGCAACAUGUGCAGAGUUAUAUGCUAAAUGUGGAAUAAAGGUUGAAGUGGAUCAUAUUAAAAACCGAUUGAAGACACUUAAAAAAGAUAUGGGCGCAUUUCAAGACAUGCAGAAUUCUUCUAGUGGAUUUGCAUUUAAUCGAGUGACAAGGAUGAUGGAUGCGGAGCCAAAAGUUUGGGAAGAUUACAUAAAGGCACAUCCUGGAGCAAAACAAUUUCGUUACAAACAUGUACCGUGUUUUGAAAACUUGCAAAUCAUUUAUGGGAAAGACAGAGCUGUUGGUUUAUCUUCUGAAACUAUCAAAGAAAGACGUGCUCGCAUAGAAAAUGAAAGAGAUGAGUCAAGUUAUAUCAAUACAAAUCAAGAUGAUAGAGAAGCUGUUCAAGAGAAUGAUGUAGAAUGCAUCGGCCCUUCAAAAGGUAAAGAACAAGAUCCCAAAACCCAUUCUACAGCGGGAACAUCUUCUAAGGUGAUAUAUAAAAGAAAGCAUAGUGCCACUAGCAACUUGGGUGAAGAGCUUGAUGGGCUAAAAAGCGGAAUGGAGUCAAUUGCUUCUGCAAUUUGGAAGACCGGUCCUCGUUUUUACACAGAAGGAGAGAUAUUUGAGGAGCUUUCAAAAGUUGAAGGGCUCAAUGAGGACGAACAGCUUGUAGCCUACGACUAUCUUACCGAGGAUGCGGCUCGAGGAAGAAACUUUAUUGGGUUACCAAUUCAUCGGAGGAAAAGGUGGUUGGAGAUUAAGCUUGGAUGGGCAUCACACAAUCUUGAUAUCGGUACUAGGAGGGGAUGAAGGAUGCGAGAUUGAUGUUUUGAUGGGCUCACUAAAGUCAAAAACCAAGGACUUCGACAUAUUUUUCUCUCUCUCUUUGGUUAAGAUUCUCUAUAUAUGAAAUUGAUUGUAAAAGAUUUUGUUGGUUAAGAUUUUUUAUAUGAAAUUGAUUGUAAUAGACUCUGUGACUAGAAAUGGAUUAUACUUUAUAUUAGGAAUAUCAUGACAUUUACUUUA